UCCGCUGAGUGGGGCAGCAAGAAGUAUAUCUGAAGAUUUAGCAAUUUGUGAGAGCAAUGGACAAUUUACAUGGGACAAACGUAAUAGUGACGUCGUGCUUAAGGCCGCCGGUAAAGCCGAAGUCUAAGGCACCUCUAGCGCUUUAUGAGAGAGAUAGGGGGGAUCCUCGCGCGAUGGGGCGCACGGACACCCGAUGUUACGAGAAAGAGCUGGUGUUUGACUCUGAGUCAGAUGACGGAGGUGGAGGGGCUGAAGACCACACACACUGUCCUUUGACUUUAAAGGACUGUGGGAUUUCCAGGGAUCAUUUUGACUUGCAGGAGUUCUGCUUAUCCAAUGAGGAGUAUUACAGGAAACUGGAGGAGCUGAAACAGGCCCACCUGCAGACCAUGGCAGAGCUGGAGGGGAUGUACCGGCAUAAGCUGGAUAUAAAGGACGCACCUCCUGUGGAUGAUAUCGUGCCUCACAGGUUGCAGUGGACAAAGCCCUGCUCCGUGCCAGUGAAGCUGCAUAAUGCCUCGUCUGCCCAGGAUUUUGACCACUACGGCAGCUCUGGAAUGUCGGACACUUCAGAAGACAGCUAUGUAAAGAUCGAGCCAGAGAUGAAUGUUGUCAUCUCUCCAAAGGAAAAGAUCAAGAACAUGUGGCAAGACUUCAUCAUCGGGGAGCUGACCCCCCAUGCCCGGUCUCCAUCCUGCUCCCCACUGAGGAUCCAGCCCAUGAGCCAGAAUCCUGGAGUCCUCAAGGACAGAACCGAGGGCAAAAAAAAACGCAUUGGGCAGGAGCAGCAUCCUGAUGGCCAGAGGCCUCAAAUAACUGUGCCCAAACCCUUCCGGAUGACACUGCGUGAGGCAGAGAAGAAGCAGAGGAUAGUAAGGUCUCGCUUGGAGGUGGAGCUGGAGAAUGCCAUGCUGAGGAAGCAACUGGAAGAGCUGACCGAAUGCCAGAAGAAGUUCCAUGCCAGCCCCGUCCCCACUCAUGUCUACCUCCCCCUGUAUGAGGAGAUCUGCGAGCGCAACAAGGAGCGGCGCAGCCUCUCCCGCCAGCAGAGAACUACCUCCCAGAAGCCGUUCAGCUUCUUGGAGAGGGAGUGUCGGAAGAGGGAGCAGAAGGUCCAGCUCCCCAAGGAGGAGAAGAAAGCUUUCAGGGUAAAGCCGGUUCCGCGGAAGGUGUACGACUCCACAGUAAGUGAACGCCUCAAGGAGGACCAGCUGUACCGUGCCAUCAAGAUGCAGAUGCGGGCCCAGGAGCUGCUUCACAGCGCUUCAAUGCCACGCAGCAUGCUGGCCCGACGGUCGAGCAACAGGCGGAGGAACAUGGAGGGAAAGACUGAGGGGACCAUCCAGGCGGAUCCCAACUUCCGGCCAAAAAUCAACAGCGAGGUGCCAGAUUUCGAUGCCAGCUACCAGAGGUUCAGGAAACGGCUGCAGGACAAGCGGAACGUGAAACUCCUGACCGUCUGCGAACCCUUUCAUCUGAGGACCGCUCAGAUCCCAUCACGGCGGGACCGGAUCCAGGCUGCCAUGGAGGCAGAACUGGAGAGCUCCAGAGUGACACGCAGGCCAUAUAGCACCCAGGCACAGACUGUGGGCUCCAGCCUCCAUUCCUCCUUUUCAAGUAGCCUGGAACUCCUGCCUCCCAAAAUCACAGAUGCUGCCAAAAAGCGUCAAGAGGCCGUGAGAAGGGCACUGGAGCAGAGGAGGAAGGCUGAGGAAGAGGAAGAGAGAUGGCGAGAGAAGCAGAGACAGAGAGAGAGGAAGCUGCAGAAAGUGAUCAGUAGACGUGCCCUGGCCAAUGACCCGCACACGGCCCUGUCCCAAAUCUGCCCGACCAAACUGAAGCAGUUCAGGACGCAGGACCGCCAGCGCAGGAAAGAGUACGGGGCAGAGAUGAGGGAAAUCCGGGAGCGGGUCGCGGGAAGGCCUCUGCUGCUGGAGCAGGUGACGCUGAAGAACGCCAAGCAGGCUGCAGAGAAGCGUUUCGCUGAAGCACUCAGAGGGUAUGGACUGACCCAAGACAUCGUCAGCUAUGGGGCAUCGAGGCACCUGCUCUCAGAGAAAUCCUUCAGCUCCUCCUCCCACACUGAUAAGCUGAGCAAUAAGAAUGAGGAUGCGGCAGGGUCCUCCUCAGGUGCAGAGUCCUCUCCAGAUGGUUACCCAGAAGACUUUGAUCGAGAGCAAAGUGAAGGAGAGGAAGAAGGAGAGAUGCAUGAAGUCCAGAAAGGCACAGAAGAGGAGGACAAGAGAGUAGACCAAAGUGAGCUGCAGGAUAACGAGGAUGAGACCAAAGAACAGCAUUUAGAGCAGGAAAAGAAAGACGACGGUGAGCAGGAGUGUGACAGGAAGGCACCAAGCCGAAGCUCCGGUGGUGAAGAGAGCGACGCAGAAGGCGUGGAAGGCUGUGAAGAACAUGACAGUGAGGGACCCUGAAUCCAUACGCACAAUGGCUGUGUCCCAAUUCAGGGGCUGCAUCGUUCAUAGGCCCCAUUCGAAGACUGAAUGCGGCAUGACAAGGCUGUCCCAUUUCAAAGGCUCCUUCAAAUGCGGUCUAGGAACACGUCCUCCUUUUGCCAAAGGGUGGAUCCUACGUAGCCCCACAUAUCCCAAGAUGCAUUGCAUGGACCUUCGAAGGACGCAGCCUACAGAGGCUACAUAGACCAUGUCCUUCGAAAGAUGCAGCCGCAGAAUUCGGACAAUGUACAGGCACAAAUCGACUGACCCAAACUGCACGCAAACACGGUGGAGAGAUAACAUUGUUUACAGAGUAUCUCCCCCAUUUUUACAGCUGAAUUAUGAAUAAAAUAAUAAAAAUAACCCUUAUUAACAUUAUGAUGUUCCUUUGGUUUUUAAAACCAUUACCCAAUUGCCCAGUAAAAUCUUAAUUUCUUAACCAAACCAGCACACUGUAAAUGUAACUUAAAAUAUCGCAAAUGUACAUUUAUAAUUUAGCAACUAUAAUGAUUAUUUUAUGUUCACUAAACUAUAAAUAUUUGUUCUUACAGAAAAGUGUUAUGUACAACCCUGUUGGUUUCAUUUUCUGGGGUUUUAUACAAGAUAUACCUGUUAUUUAUAAAAUGACUUUGUGUUUGUGAACGUGCAUAAGUGAAAGUCCUGCAUCUGCAUAAUGCAGUCCAUUUCAAAAUAAAACAUGAAGUACGUAA